GAUUAGUUACUCCGAUGUGACUUCUCUAAAGCUAAAAGCCUAGAUCAUCCUCAUCCCCCAUUCUCUCUCUCUCAUUACUAUUCCAAUGGAGAAUCAUCACAUUUCCGACGCCGACCGCGAGCCGGAGGAUUUCUCUGAGCGCUUCCUCUGCUGCGUCUGCCUGGAUCUUCUGUACAAGCCUAUAGUGCUCUCGUGUGGCCACAUUACGUGUUUCUGGUGCGUGCAUCGAUCCAUGAAUGGUAAACAUAAAUCUCAUUGCCCGCUCUGUAGGCAUCCCUAUCAUCACUUUCCGGCUAUCUGUCAAUUGCUUCAUUGUUUACUGCUCAAGCUGUAUCCUGUUGCCUCUAAGAGACGCGAAUCGCAAACUUUAGAAGAAGAGGCGGAAACUGGCGUCUUCUCACCACAGCUGGAUGUUCAAGCUUGGAGCUCACAAGCUAAUCAAGAAUCGAAUGUUCUGGGGUACUCUAUUAGCAAAGAGUUGACUGCAAAUAUGGAGACAACAGGUUCUGUUUCAUAUGAUCAGAACGAUGGGACAGCUGUCUCUAGGCCAGCUGAUGGUGGAGACUAUGAGGGAAAGGAGAAUGUUACUGAUCAUGUGAAGAACUCCCUGUUAAGUCAUCAGCAGAGUGGAAGCUCCAAGCAGAUUUCAGUUGCAGAUGUGCUAUGUGCUGCAUGCAAAGAUCUAGUGUUUCGUCCUGUGGUUCUCAACUGUGGCCAUGUAUAUUGUGAAAGUUGUAUGUCAACCCAGAUGAACAGAAGCUUAGAUGUCAAGUUUGUCCAAGUUUCCAUCCAACUGGAUGUCCAAAAGUUUGUUUGGAACUGCACAACUUUUUGGUCGAACAGUUUCCCAAAGAACUUGCACAUAGAAGAGAUGAUGUACAGCUUAAGCAUGUUAAUCCAACUGCAUGUGAAAGCAAAAGCAAAAGCAGUAAAGAAGCAGAGAGGCCAUCACCGUGGUCAUAUCACUCAGGAGUUGGCUGCGAUUAUUGUGGAAUGUGUCCAAUAAUUGGGGAUAGACACCGGUGUAAAGAUUGUGUGGAGAAAAUUGGUUUUGACCUUUGCAGUGAUUGUUAUAAUACCAGUUCCAAGCUUCCGGGUCGAUUUAAUCAGCAACAUACAGCAGAACACCAGUUUGAGCUUAUUAGCAGCAACAUGUUUCGUGGUCAGGGAAGGAUACUGAGUGAGCCGUUAAGUGAUACUAUUUCUGUUUUUCUGGCUCACAUGUCAGCGAUGUCAGUGAUUUCAGAGGAAAGUGAUAGGAAUGGAGAGCUCUCCCAUGCUACCUCCACCAAUAGUGAAACUGAUGAGGAUAACCAAGAUGACUCUGAAUGAAAUUCUCUCCACGUUGGCAUUUGAGGCUUGUGUUUUCUUUGGCUUUGAGAUGCUUCCUUAUGUUGAAAAUAAUCACUUUUCCCAGGAUUAUAUCAUUGCAAAGGUCUGCAUGGAAGUCUAUUAGAUUGUACAGCUUCAUAAAUUAUAAGUUACGUUGAUCUAGGAUAUAAAUUGAGAAGAUAUUAGUAGUGUAGUUGCUAUAUGAAAU